AUGCCGGAGUUUAAACGGAAGUUGGAAGAGGAAAAGGAAACGGAGGAGGAGGACUCUUCGAAUUCACGUGGCUUCGCACAAGGACUCCGACCAGAGCGCAUCAUCGGCGCAACCGAGUCCAGCGGAGAGCUCAUGUUUUUGAUGAAGUGGGAAGGUAGCAAUAAGAGGUUUCUUUUUGGAACGGCGGAUCAGGAAGAUAUCGAUCGCCUGAAUUCAAGAAUUUCUCAAUUCGAGUUGUCUCAAGAGGCCUUCCAGCAUGCAUUGGAGGAUAGCCUCACAGUAUUUAAUCUCACGCGCACGCAGUCCACAGUGGACGCGAUAGAAAUGGCAUUGGGUGACGUUACAAACGUCAUAACAACUAUGGAACAUGCACUCAGCGAUCUGUUGGCAGGAACCUUGCCCAUAUCCUUGAUACCUCCGGCACAGCUAAGAGAUUUAUUGCGUAGCAUCAAGGACACUGUACCGGAUUAUUUGGCUCUACCAAGAGAUAUCGAGGGAGGUUCAUGA